GGUCCCGGUGUCAGGCCGCGGGCGGCAAACCCGGGCACUCCCCGGCCAGCGGACCCCGUCGGCUACUCACUUUACGGCAUUUUCCGCGAGCGCCGCACUGCGAGCCGGCCGCGGCGUCACUUUCCGGCAGCGCCUGGCCAUGGCGUCCGGGGGGUUUGAGAGUGAGCGGAGCCUGGAGGCGCGGAAGGAGCAGAGGCGGCGGGAGCGGGAGGCGCUGCUGGUGCAGGCCAAAGCUGAUUACGAGAAGGACGAGAGACGCAAAGAGCUCAAGCGGCUGCGAGGUGAGGAUACGUGGAUGCUUCCUGAUGUGAACAAACGUGUGGAAGAGCUGGAAAAGGAACAUUCUGUAAAGAAAAAGAAGAAAAAAGAUAAACACUUAAGAAAACGUAAGAAGGAAAAGAAGAAAAGCAAAAACCAAAAAUUUGAAAAAAAUGGUGAUUCAAGUGAUAGCUCUUCAGAUUCUUCAGUUGAAUGGGUUGAAUCAACUAUAUCACAAUCAAUUUGCACAGAAAAGGCUUGGAAAGUCAAGAAGGAGCAAUCAGAUACUACAGAAAAUCCUGCAGUUCAGAGGGAUGAAUGGAUGACCUUAGAUUUUAUGUCUCUGAAAACCACGUCUGCAGCAUCACUCAAAGCAGAAAAAGAGACAGAAAAAUUAUUGGAGCAACAGAAAGCCCAAGCAAUUGAACAGUCUAGAAUUUCUGAAAGAGAGCUGAACCCCUACUGGAAAGAUGGUGGAACAGGUUUACCACCAGAAGAGGGUGAAGCAACUUCAGUUAAAAAAGUUAAAAUUGUUGAAGACGGUGGAUUAAGUUGGUUAAAGAAAUCCUAUCAAAGGAUGAAGGAACAGGCUGAGAGAGAGAAAAGAAAUUUUGAGGAAAUUGUAGCUGAGAGAUAUGGGUCAAUGGAAAUAUUUCAAUCAAGAUGGGAAGAAGCUGAAGAAGCUGCAUCAAAACAGGAAAAUGAAUAUAGAAAAGGAAGAUGGAGGAAAUUUAACUAUUCAGAGAAUGAGCAAAAAGAGAGAGAGCACCACAUGGAAAAAGAAACACAAGUUGAAGGUGACAGAAUCAAGGGUACAUGUGAAGGACAUUCCAGAGAUAGGCAUAAUAAGAUAUAUCCAUUGGAAGAAAGAGGUUAUAGAAAAGACAGGUCAAGAGAAGAACGAGAAUAUAGACAUCAUAGCACAGACUCUGAGUUAAGAGACGAUUGUUCCAAAGCAGCAAAACAUUCUGAUGAAAAACAAAGUCAGGAGACAGUUUCCACUCUGCGCAAUUUGAAAUAUAAAUUUUUGAAACCUUCUGAAGAUGAUUUGUCAUCUGUUAGUAAAGACUGCAAGGUACAGCAUUCCUCAUUAAAACUACCAUCUUGUAGCUUUUUGAGCAGCAGUUUCCAAAAACCUGGUAAGGAAAGUGAAGAAAAAACACCAUGGAGCAGAACACAUAUAAAAGAUGAAAAUGAGAAACCAACAUUAGAUCAAAAGCCAUUGAAAAUGGAAAAAACUACUUAUCAUGAGGGAGCUUCAAAGGCUGAAAGAGAGAAGACACAGGAAGAGAACCUUGGAAACAUCCCCAAGAAGAAAGUGCUAUUGCCAGACAGCAAAACAUCAUAUUCUGGACAUACUUCAAAGGAUGGGACUCCCCAGGCCCUUAGUGAAGAGGAGAUGAACAGACUGGGAGCCAAGAUUGUGAAAGCAGAACUGAUGGGAAAUUUGGAUUUAGCUUCAAAGCUUCAAGUCCAGCUUGAAAAUGCACGCAAACUAAAAGAAAGUAGAACAGAGACUCCUGCAAGACAACCUGAAAAGGAGGCUACAAGCUUGCAAGAAGACCAUGAAGUGAUCCUUGUCAGAACAGAUCAAUCUGGGAGAGCAUGGCCUGUGAACACAAUGGCAGAACCACUGGAGCCGAAAGGAGGAAGACGAAAGAGACAGAUGGGUGCUACUCAUAUAGAUAAAGAAAGGGUCAGAUACUUUCAGGAUGAUGAUGAUCUGAGCCUGAAAGAUUUGGUCAAAAAUGAAAAGAUGAGAACAGCAGAGGAUCAAAACUCACUAUUCAUGCGAAUGGCAUCAAAGUUUGCAGAAAAAACUGAUCGAGAGUACUACACACUGGAUGACAUGUUUGUUUCCAAAGCAGCUAAGGGAGAGCGGAGUGGAGAAGAAGACGAAAGGCACAGAAGAAAAGCAAUCUAUGAACAUCAUCAGCUUGUUGCACGUAUGGAGAAGUGCCCAUAUUGCUUUGAUAGCUCUGAACUUCCAAAACAUCUUAUUAUUGCAAUUGGCAUCAAGGUAUACUUAUCCUUGCCGAACUAUCAGUCUCUUACUGAAGGCCACUGCGUGAUAGCCCCUUUGCAGCACUACACUGCUGCAACGCUUCUGGAUGAAGACAUCUGGGAGGAAGUCCAGAUGUUCAGAAAGGCCUUGGUAAAGAUGUUUGAAGCUAAAGAAUUGGAUUGUGUCUUCCUAGAGACAAACAUGAGUAUAAAGAAACGAUAUCAUAUGGUAUAUGAAUGCAUUCCUCUCCCAAAAGAACUGGGGGAUAUGGCUCCCAUCUACUUUAAGAAAGCUAUACUGGAAUCUGAUGAAGAGUGGUCCAUGAACAAGAAGUUGAUUGAUCUUUCUUCAAAAGAUGUCAGGAAGUCUUUUCCGCAGCAGCAAUCAGUUUGUGCGGGUUGGAAAAAGAUGGAAUCAGAAGAUGAGACCUUCAACAUUAGUCCACUUUUGAGGCAGAUUCCUAGAGGCUUGCCCUACUUCUCAGUGGACUUCGGCCUUCAAGGAGGCUUUGCUCAUGUAAUUGAAGAUCAGCACAAGUUCCCUCAUUAUUUUGGAAAGGAAAUAAUUGGUGGCAUGCUGGACUUGGAACCAAGGCUUUGGAAAAAAGGAAUUAGAGAGAACUUUGAUGAUCAGAGGAAGAAAGUGUUGCAAUUUGCACAGUGGUGGAAACCAUAUGAUGUCACCAAAACUAAAGAAUGAAUCCUUUACCCAACUGGAUGAAUCCAUAAGAGAUGUUGAGAGUGACAGUAAUCAAGGGCAGUAUAUACUAUAAAUUAUUUUUUAAAGGAUAUUUCAUAUUUUAAGUAAAACACUGGUGUUUUAUAUGUUGCUAGUAAACAUUCUAAAAACUAGAAAUACUGUUAAACUCCAGACUGUCCAUACGCUCAUCUUUUUUUCACACCACAUAUUUGACAGAUGAAUCAAACUAAACUGUAAGCCAAUGGAUCAGAAAUGUACAGAAUUGUUUUUGUAAACUAAGCCAAUAAAAAGGUCGACAUCUGCAUGCUAGUUAAAUUCAGCAAAAUGCAAUUCCGCUUUUAUAUUUUUCUGACUUCUGAAUUGGAGUUACUUAUCUAUUUGGGAAGUCAAUAUUUAAUUAUUUGAAUGACUAUAUUUUCCAAUAGUGAUUUAAUCGUAAGGACAUUUUGAAUAACACACUGGUAAAUUAGGAAUAUUUAUUGGAAUUUUUUUGUUUCUAUUUUUAGUCCCUCUGCUCUUUCAGAUGAAGAUCAUUACAUAUGUUCAACACCAGUGCACUCUGCAGGUGAAAUUCACCCCUGGCCAGAGGGUCUGUAAUAAGGCUUUAGGUCCCACUUAAGCCUUCAAAACAGGAUUUAUGUGAUUGACAGGCCCUGUGCUGGCCUAUGCGCAGAAUGGAACAGUAUUUGUGAACUGUAUUGAAAUAUGACUCAAGCAGGCUUCCCACUGAACCGUUUUCUUAUACAGUUCAGCUUGCUAUUGUGACCCAGUCAGGUUAUGAAAUGGAUCACUGAGAUUCAAAGGACUAUAGAAAGUAUUGGUAUUUCAUUAGGUAAACUUUUUAUGGGUUAAACAGCCACAAUAAUUAGUGUAUUCCUUUAACAUUCAUUUUCUUUUUGUACAACAUGAGUCAUACAGAGUAAAGUAAGCAUGACCCAGUUACACAAAUGUGGUAUGUCAAUUAUUUUGUACAGUAAUCUUGCAAAUCUGUCUCAUUAUAUUUCUGCUGAGAAGAUCAUUUUAUAAAUAAAAUGCUAUCUUUGUUUUAAUAACUAA